GAGCCCGGCCGUGCGCCUGGUUGACCGCCGUGAGGAGGUGAGAGGGAGCUGGGCCGAGGGCGCUGCCUGGCGUCCCGUGCGGAUGCGGGGCCACGUCGCCCGUGGAGGCCCCCGGGGGAAGGGACUCUGCUGCAGCCCCCAUUUCGCUUCCUCAGGUGUGUCGCCGGCCGCUCCCCAUUGGUGACUCCGGUAUGGCCACCCUGGGAAGGGUGAGCCAGGAGUCCUUGGGUGGAAGCUGGCAGGGGAGAUGACGACGCUGACACACCGAGCGCGGCGUGCUGAGGUGGGAAGGAACUUGGACAAGAAACCCAACAGUGAGGAAGAUGCGGCUGCGGACAGAGACCCGAACGAUGGUGAUCCUGAUGAUUCCAAAGAUAUCCGCCUCACGCUUAUGGAGGAGGUGCUGCUCCUGGGGCUGAAGGACAAGGAGGGCUACACCUCCUUCUGGAAUGACUGCAUCUCUUCAGGCCUGCGGGGCGGCAUCCUCAUUGAGCUGGCUCUGCGCGGCCGGAUCUGCCUGGAGCCACUCUCCAUGAGGAAGAAGAGGCUGCUGGAGAGGAAGGUGCUCUUGAAGUCAGAUGCGCCGACUGGUGAUGUCUUGCUGGAUGAGACUCUCCGGCACAUCAAGGCCACGGAGUCUGCAGAAACGGUGCAGACCUGGAUAGAGCUGCUCACUGGGGAGACCUGGAACCCCUUCAAGCUGCAGUACCAGCUGAGGAACGUGCGAGAGCGCAUCGCCAAGGCGCUGGUGGAGAAGGGCAUCCUCACCACAGAGAAGCAGAACUUCCUGCUCUUCGACAUGACCACCCACCCUGUCAGCAACGCCACUGAGAAGCAGCGCUUGGUGAAGAAGCUCCAGGAGAGCAUGCUGGAGCGGUGGGUGAACGACCCCCACCGCAUGGACCGCAGGACUCUGGCUCUCUUGGUGCUGGCCCACUCCUCAGACGUGCUGGAGAACGUGCUCGCCAGCCUGGCAGAUGACAAGUACGAUGUGGCAAUGAACAGGACCAAGGACCUCCUCGAUAUGGACCCUGAGGUGGAAGCUGCCAAAGCCAAGGGCACGGAGAUGAUCUGGGCCGUUCUGGCAGCCUUCAAUAAGUCCUAAAAAGUCCCAGAGCCCCCUAAACCAGGCGUGUGUCGGGGGGAGCCUCACCCCCUCGACACAAGGCUGCGGGUAUUUGGGCAUGGAGUUCCUGCAGCAGUGGGUGGGCUCAGCUCAGGGGGACUGGGGGAUUUCGCUCACUCCCCCGGGCAGGGGUGGGAGGGUGAGCGCCCACCCCCGCAGGCAGGUCACAUCUCCAAAGGCCGGUGCCUGCGGGAGAGGUGGUGGCAGCUCUUCACUUCCCAUCCCAUGGGCUUCAUCCUUGGGCCAGCGCGGAGCUGGGAGGUGGCCCAGCCCAGCCUUACCUGUGUGUGCUCCCAGCCUGAGCGGGGCUGUGGAACAGCUCCCAGUGGGCCGGCUUGUCCAGCUGCCUCCCUGGCUCCCUGUCCCAUGCACAGAUCUUGCCUUCGGGGUGCCCAGGCAGCACGGGUUCCCCUGGGGCUCACACUGACACCCUGGGGCAGGGGCGCGGGCAGGAGGGACGGCUCCGGGGGGGCAAGGACUAACCCCGGCGCUGGCUGGGAAGCCUUGGGCCAGUGUGGCCAUCGAGCAGCAGCUCUGCAAAGGCCGUGGAGCCCCCCAGGCGGUGCUCCUGCCAUGCUCCCGCUCUUUCUAGUAAGAGAGGAAGUUAAACUGUGAUUUAUUAUUAUUUUUUUUUUUUUAAACCCCUUCCCCUUCCACCACCACUUUAAUCUGUAGUUCAUUUAAAUGUAUUUCUCUGCAGCCCAAGGGA